UUCAGCUAUUAAACAAAAUUCGGGGAAGGGAAUUUCUGAACUAAUACGGCGACGUUUUAUCUGUCUUCAUGCUUCAUUGCGAUUUACCGUGGAAAGUGAGGACGUGACAAGGGGGGCGAAGAUCCGAUCUGCUACUGUGUUUGUUACAAGCGUUUGCUGACGCGAUCGAUCAUUUCCCGAUGCGUGUUUAGAAGAAGAAUCAAUGGCGGGAGUUGGAACAUCAAUGCUUGGGUCUGUUCUCCUGUUUACAGUGGUGCUCUCGCUCCAAGAAGUGUACAGAGGGAAAUUAGCUUCCUCUGAGCUGCACACGAUCCUUGGAGGCUUCACUAGCUCCCUCCUCUUUCUCUUCUCUCUCACUUUCAUUGGAAAUCUCCAAGAGUCUUCUGGCAUGAAGAGUGGCUGGGGUGCAGUGGUUUUUGCGGAAAUCAUAGCUCUUGUUGCCGCUAGCACGGUGCAUCGAGUGUGCAUUACGACCUGUUUCUUGUUCUCUGCUGGGCUGUUAUACGAGAUGAGCAAGAUCUCAGGAUACAUGCUCGGCAGGGCUGAGUCCAACAAAUCUAAAAGGCACUGAAUCAGAGAAGGGGAUUAUUAAUAAGUUAGAUGAUGUUCUCGAAUUUGAUAUAUGGUUUAGCACUUUAAAAGUCUCGAGGAUACUUUACAACUAUUAAAAUUAGGCUUUUCCGCGCAUCUUAUGUUUGACUUGGUCGAUAUCGCAGUUGUGUGUUAUGACUUUGUGUUCUGCGUUCUUAUAGAAACUAAGACAAAUGGUCAGAUCCAA